UACGUACAGUAUCAUUACCCUUUAUGAUGAUUACAGUUCAUUUAAAUGUUCUUUUAUUAUGUUUUAUACAAUACAGUGCUAUUUAUUUAAAAAGGGUGAACAAAAUAUUGUGGCGGAUUAAUGACUAAUAAGUCAUCGAACCACUCUAAAUCUAAUAUAGUUUAAACCAUUGUCCCGAUACAACAAAUAACAUUUAUUUUCCAAGCCAACAGGAAUGCCGGCGACCACACGCCGUGCGCGUCCACGUCCACGCACCGUGCGCGCUACCCUUCCUGCGGAAUUCACGACAGGAGGCUGAGGUCGCCCCACGAGGAAAAUAAUGAACAACAAAUUUGACGCUCUGAAAGAUGACGACAGCGGUGACCACGACCAGGAACAAGGCUCACCGAAAGAUGGCGAGAAGGAAAAAAUUGAAGACAAUGACAAGGAGCAGCUCUCCACAAGGAAAAAAAUGGUGAUUCCGGGGGUGGGUGAGCACCCUCUUCAGUACAACUACACAUUUUGGUACUCCAGACGGAACCCAGGGAGGCCGGCCAGCACUCAGAGCUACGAGCAGAAUAUCAAACAGAUCGGCAGCUUCGCCUCGGUGGAGCAGUUCUGGCGUUUCUACAGUCACAUGAUCCGACCCGGCGACGUAACGGGCCACAGUGACUUCCAUCUCUUCAAAGAAGGCAUCAAACCCAUGUGGGAGGAUGACGCCAACAAGAUGGGCGGCAAGUGGAUCAUCCGUUUGAGGAAAGGUCUGGCGUCCCGCUGCUGGGAGAACCUGAUCUUGGCCAUGCUGGGAGAGCAGUUCAUGGUUGGCGAGGAGAUUUGUGGUGCUGUCGUGUCAGUCCGCUUCCAGGAGGACAUCAUCUCCAUUUGGAACAAAACAGCCAGCGACCAGGCCACCACGGCCCGCAUCAGAGACACACUGCGACGAGUCCUCAACCUGCCCCCCAACACCAUCAUGGAGUACAAGACGCACACAGACAGCAUUAAGUAUAGCCUGGGAAGACUUCCAUGGUCUGGUGAAUGCUAGCGGUGGACGUUAGCCCUACUGCCGCCACAGACCUCUGCAAGGUGUGUUAUGUAAUGUUGCUGUGGUGGAUGGCGAGGGCAUAUAACGUGUCCGGGUGGGGUGGAGGAUACCCUCUGCGUGGAUUAACCGAGCGAAGGCCGGGAACAAGAGACGGGAAGAGCAUUCCUCCUUUUUCUCAGCUCGGGAGCGGCCAGAAAGCCCUUUGAGCAGAAGAGAGAAACUUGCAUUAUUUUUUUAGCUAACCAGAGGACCUAUAUAUAUAUAUAUAUAUAUAUAUAUAUAUAUAUAUAUAUAUGUAUAUGUAUAUGUAUAUGUGUGUGUAUAUAUAUAUAUAUAUAUAUAUAUAUAUAUAUAUAUAUAUAUAUAUAUAUAUAUAUAUAUAUAUGUAUAUAUAUAUGUGUGUAUGUAUAUAUAUGUAUAUAUACGUGUGUAUGUAGAUAUGUAGAUAUAGAUACACACACACUUUUAUAGCAAGUUGUAAGCGUGGACUGGUGGUGUUCAGCUAUUUGUUCAAAAGCUGUUGACAAAAAUAUUCUUGGCUAAAUACAUCAACCCUUUUUCGACUUUCAUUGUGUGUUCACAUCAGAUGACUUGUUCUACUGCUUUCGGGACUCAAACAGGGUUUGUGGUAGAUGUUAUUUUAAUGCUGUACUGUAUUUUAACGACAAUUCCUCUGUUCAUUUCCAAAUUUCUGCUGUUAGUGUAUACUGUAUAUCUAUAAAGAUAGGUCAUUAAAAAUUCUUCUUCUCCUUCUCUGGCUUGGAAGUGGAAUUCUAAAGGAGGAGGAGGGGGAAGAUAUAUAUAUAUAUACGUAUACACUGGGCAUCUUAUGAACCGACUGCCACGCUGUUCUUAACUAGUCCAAGGAAUGGACUAUGCUUUAAUGUCGUGGACGAGCUAAAAAACAGACGCUCUCUGCUUUUACUAUUUUGUAGUCCAUGAAAUGAAGCUGGGUAUGGAAUUCCACAAAAGUUAAGAUUUUUUUUUUUUAAAUUAUUAUUAUUUUUUUCUCCAUCUAUUGGAUACUGAACAUAGCAAAACUGUAAGACCACCAGUGUUCGGUGGUGUGGUGACGGGUGCUGUUGUGUAAAAGGAGAGAGAGGUGCGAUCGAGAUGUACGCUUGAUGGAUAAAAGCAAUAAAUUGGAAAAUAUGCAGCUGCUGGUAA